UCAGUGUACCGGCGUUUGUUCGCUUAAUCGGAUAUUUGCGUUGACUGUGGCAUUUAGUUUCUCUCAUUCUUGUCUAGUGUGCUUGUUAAUCGAUGCAUUUGUUGUUGCUCACAGUUCACAAUUCUAAUUGAAAAUUAAAUCAAAUUCGUGUGUUUUUUUCAAUUUCAUUAGUUCGUUACUUGUCGAAUGUGGCUGCUGCUAUAUUCGAAUUCAAAUAAAAUUGAGGAAAAAAAUGUUUUGAAAAAAAGUUUAUUUUAAACCGAUUAGCAUCAAUUGUAACAUUUUCAAAGUAGUAAUCCACAAAUUUUUCCAUCGAAUUGUGAAUUUACUUGUGAAUAAACUUCAUUUUUCCCAAUAGAAUACUUUUUAUGUGAAUGUGUACAUAAUCUCUUCAUUCAUUUGAGAUGUAUUCUUUUUUCCACUUGAAUUCAUCACCGUUCUCGAAGUGCCAAUAAAUAACAUUAGCAGCAAACGAAUAGUAAGCCAAUGUAAAUUCUAUAGAUGAAUAUCUAAGCAACGAACAAAAAAGCGACGUAAAGAAUUGUUGAAAAACUGAAAGCACCAAGCGAGCGCAUAAAAAGUACGGACAAAAUAAUAAAACAAACUGUGCUAAUAAUAAUCAAGAAAAAAUCUGUAAAAUCCGACGAAUCAAAAUAAAGAGACCAAAAGAAAAAGACACACACAUCCGAUAAAAACGCCAAACAGAAAACGAGGUCUGUACGCUGUUCGCAAUUUUGUGUUUAAAGGCAAGAAAAAAGUAUAUGUGCAUCAAAAGAAGAACACGUCAUCACAAAAACAACGAAAAAAAAGUAGCGUUACAGUAACAAAAAAAGCAUUAUCUGAAUACUACUAAAUAUGGAGUCACAAGGAAAUGUAUCAAGGCUAGCGAAAUUGCAGAUACGCUAUCAGCAAAAGCAACGCGAAGAAAUGGAACGAAAACGAAACGAAUUCAUUGGCUCACGGCCAGCUGUCUCGCCCCUUGAUCUCAACGAUAAUAACAAUAAAAUCCAUAUUGGAAAUGGCAAGGUUCGGCAAAUGUUUGACGAACGUCGUCAACGUGUUACCGGUAUCGAUAAAAGUUAUCCACUCCAACCGAUAUCAUCGAAAAAUGGACCGAAUAAUUCGGGUCGUCAAGCAAAAAAUACGACUUUUGUUAAGCGAUCUGUCAACCCAAAUCAAAACGGACUGUACGAACAUUCAUUAAAGGUGUCUGGCCAUGGCGGUGGUAGCGGUGAUAUGAAACAUUUUCCUCAAGCGACGACCAUAACAACAAAUAAACGUUUCAACAAGAACGCCAUAUCGAGCAAACUUAGUGAUAUUGACUACAUUGAAAACGAACAAAUACCAGAUAUAUUUUCGCAAUUGGAUGACAUCGAUAGUUUGGACAGUGGACGACGUUUUGGUGCAAUGGAAAGGAAAAUGGCAAAUUUGAAUGUAGGAAAUAAUAACAACUCUGGCAAUAGCAAUACCAGCAACAAUAUUAAAUUAGGACCAGUAAUUACGAGAAAACCAAUGGCGCACAGCAGCGCCAGUUCGUUGAAUACAAAUAAACGUUUACCGUCGCAACAAUUAACAAAGACACGUUCCAUUCCGAUGACACCAGAAAAAUCGACAUUCGGCCAAAAGAAAGAUUCGUCAUGGCCCAAUUCACCUGCUAGAAAAGUCACCAACGGUAACAUUUCCUCCGGUAGCAUUUCAUCAUCGACCCGUAGCAGCGCUUCAUCAACCGCGUCAGCCAACAAAGUUCAAAUGGCCAGUCCACCACCAGAAGGAAUGGUAGCCUGUGGCAUUUGCGGGCGACAUUUCAAUGAAGAUCGUAUUGCAAAGCACGAGACAAUUUGCAAGAAAACAUCGACUAAAAAGCGCAAGAUAUUUGAUGCAACAAAACAUCGUGUCCAGGGCACCGAAGCUGAGGUGUAUGUCAAGAAAACACAGAAAACGAAGAAAAAACCGGAAGAGUCGUCAAAGAAAACCAACUGGCGUCGAACGCACGAAGAAUUUAUUCAAGCUAUUCGCAGUGCGAAACAGGUUCAACAGCAUCUCGCAAAAGGUGGAAAAUUAUCAGACCUGCCUCCACCUCCACCUUCAGAGAAUCCAGAUUAUGUUCAAUGUCCGACUUGUAAUCGUAGAUUUAAUGAGGCGGCUGCUGCUCGUCAUAUACCAAAAUGCGCCAGUUAUCAAUUUAACAAACCGAAAACGAAUCCCAAGUCGACCUCAAAUCUAGGCAAAAAGAGAUUUUAAUUUCAACACUUUCUUAAGCAAUAAACAAAAUGAAUAAAAAAAAUAAUUAUUAUUAUAACAAUAUCCCGGAUGUCUUUUGAUACAGGCGUCUCUUAACAAUUGCUAUUUUUAUUAUUAAUAUUGGAACAACUCUGAUUUUGUGCUAGCCAAAGCAAUUGAAGAGACAUAUUGUUAUUUUCAAAGGAGAAAAAAAUGCUAACAUGACAAUAGAACUAAAAACUAAACAUUU